AUGGAGGACAAAAUAUCAGAGUUUUUGCAUGUUCCAUUCGAGUCGCUUCAAGGCGUUAACUAUUCUGUUUUAAGAAACUUAUACAAGAAAAUAGCAAAGCUUGAACGUUCUGAAGAAGAAGUGACAAAACUCAAUGUUUUAGUCGAUGAGAUCAAAUCGCAGUACUAUUCAAGGAUUUCAAACCUUAAGGAAUUACUAGACAAGUCUUCCGAGCAGAAAGAUAUAGCCGGCAAAGAAUUAAAUUGCCUGAAAGAGGAGUUGAAGGAAGAACGUUCCAGAUAUGCGCGGGAAAUAGAUACAUUAAACAAACAACUGGAUGCGAGCCACGAAGCUAUAAGAGAAGUAAAUGACGAGAAAAGCGUUAAAGAGGAAUGUGCAAUUUGGCAGAGUAGAGAUCAGAGUGAUGAUUCUGUAAAGGAUGUUUUGGACAAAGAAAAUAAGCUUCUUAGAAGAAAACUGAUGGAAAUGGAGAAUAUAUUACAAAGGUGCAAGUCCAAUACCGUGUCAUUACAGUUGAAGUACAAUGCUGUAGUACAAGAAAAAGAAUUAAUGCUACAAAAUAAAAAAUGGAUCGAAGAAAAACUUUCAUCUUAUAAUGAAAAAGCGCUAGCAGAAGAAGUUACGAAAACAUCGCAUGUACGGAAUCUCGAAGAAAAAUUAUGCCAAGCUCAGACCGACUAUGAAUCCGUUUUUACGUACAAUAAUUUUUUACUACAUCAAAAUAAGCAACUAUCCCAGUCGGUUGAGGAGAAAAUAUUGGAAAUCAAGAAUUUGAGAGAUACCGCCAGUAUAGAAAAGGCAGAAUUCUCCAAGGAAAUGACUUUACAAAAAAACAUGAAUGACUUACUACGCUCUCAAUUAACAUCAUUGGAAAAGGAUCAUUCCUUGAGGGCAAUAGAGAAAGACGAUGGUAAUUCUUGCAAGAAUCCUGAACAUAAUAAUGUGAUAGACGAACUGAUAGAUACAAAACUCACACUUCAAAAAUCAAAAGAUGAGCGUCAAAGGUUACAGAAUAUAGUCAUGGAUUGUAUCGAGGAAGACAAACCUACAAUGACUACGAGUGCAGGUUCUCCCACAAUAGGUAAAUUAUUUUCUGAUAUUAAAGUGCUGAAAAGGCAAUUGAUAAAAGAAAGGAAUCAAAAAUUUCAACUACAAAAUCAACUGGAGGAUUUCAUCCUAGAAUUAGAACAUAAAACCCCUGAACUGACCUCUUUUAAGGAGAGAACAAAAUCAUUGGAGCAUGAAUUAAAACGUUCCACAGAACUACUAGAAAGUGUUUCUUUGGCCAAGCGUAACGACGAAAAAGAAAUAACUUCAUUAAGGCAGAAGAUAAAUGGUUGUGAAGAAAAUAUUCAUUCCCUGGUGAAACAAAGAUCGGAUUUGGCCUGCCAGGUUAAACUACUACUUUUAAAUACAUCUGCGAUCCAGAAAACGGCAUCACCGUUAUCACAAAAUGAGCUGAUGUCAUUAAGAAAGUUCCUAGAAUCAAGAAAUACUGUAAAUGAAAACGAUUCCCAAUCCAUUAUCACGGAGAGACUAGUUGAAUUCAAUAAUGUAAAUGAGUUACAAGAAAAAAAUCAAGAACUCUUAAAUUGCAUUCGGACUUUGGCUGAUAAAUUAGAAAAUCAUGAAGGAAAACAGAAAAAAACUCUAGCAGAAUUAGAAAACCAGACUAUCAAAGAAGCAAAGGACGCAAUAAUUGAACUGGAGAAUAUCAAUACGAAAAUGGAAUCUCGCAUAAAUAUCCUUUUGAGAGAGCGGGAUUCUUACAAAUUGCUCGUCUCAGCUAAAGAAAACAAGGCCAACACAAACGCUGAUACUUUUGUAGAAGCAGCACACGAGAAGAGGAUUAGGGAACUUGAAGCAGAGCUUUCAUCUACAAAAGUCGAAAGCUCCGCUGUUAUUCAAAAUUUAAGAAAAGAGUUAUUAACUUACAAGAAAUCACAAUGCGACAAAAAAAUAGCUUUACAAGAUUUUGAAAACUUCAAGAGUUUGGCAAAGGAAAAAGAACGUAUGCUUGAGGAAGAAAUAGAUCGCCUGAAAACCCAACUCGAGGAGCGAAAAUCAUGUGUCCCAUCACACAUACAGGAGAGGAAGGAGAGAGAGUCAAAUGAGCUAUCACAGUCUAGAAUCAAAAUCGAAUUCUUGGAGUACGAGAUUUCCAAACUGAAAAAAGAAACUGCCAACCUAAUACCUACGAAGAAAUCUUUAACUAGGGAUUUGGAAAGAUGCUGUAAUGAAAAAAUAGAAUUACAGAUGAAACUCAAGGAAUCCGAAAUCAGCCAUAAUGAAAAAGAGCUCAAUUUUAGUUCUAAAGAAAGCCAGUACAGAGCUAGAAUCAAAGAAUUGGAAAAAGAAUUGGAAAGGUUACGUACUGAAUUACAAUCAAAGGUACAAGAAAUAGAAUCACUACACUCAUCCAAGGAUUCACAACUCAAAUGGGCUCAAGAUACCGUCGAUGAUGCAGAAAAGAAAAUGAAGUCCGUAUUAACGGAGCUAUCAACAAAAGAAACAACAAUUGGAACACUUUCAUCAGAAAUAGAGAACCUUGAUAAGGAAUUGAGAAAAACCAAAUUCGAAUACAAAUUCUUGAAUCAAAAUAGUGAUGCAAGUACGCUGGAGCCGGCUUUAAGAAAAGAUUUAGAACAAAUUCAAAUCGAAUUAAAAGAUGCACGCUCACAGAUCAAGGCUUAUGAAGAGAUUAUUUCAACGAAUGAAAAUGCGCUCAAAGAAUUAAAAGAUGAACUAACGAAGACAAAGGAAAGUUACCAUGCUAAGAUUGAGUUAGAGAAGGAGGAAAAAUGUGCAAGGGAAGAAGAUCUAUCUCGUUUACGCGAAGAGCUUGAUGAAAUAAGAGGUUUGCAACCGAAACUAAGAGAAGGUGCAUUGCGCCUUGUUCAACAAUCAGAAAAGUUAAGCAAUGAAGCAGAAAAGAUCCAAGAAAUGAAGAAAAAAAUCGAUAAAAUGAGUGCGAUUGUCCAAGUGUACCAAAAAAAAGAAACUUCCCAAUAUCAGUCCACUCUGAAGGAAAAUAAAGAUCUAUCUGAAUUGGUUAUACGUCUUGAAAAAGAGGCGGUCGAAUACCAAAAGGAAUUGAUGAAGACCAAAUCUUCGUUAUACAACACUCAGGAUUUACUCGAUAAGCACGAAAGGAAAUGGAUGGAGGAAAAGGCUGAUUAUGAAAGAGAGUUGAUAUCUAAUAUCGAACAGGCAGAAUCCUUGCGUGUCGAAAAUUCCGUAUUAAUUGAAAAAAUUGACGACACAGAAGGAAAUGAUGGCAAUGAAGAUUACCUAAAACUAGCUUCGUUGUUUUCAAAUUUACGUCAUGAAAGAAAUCUCUUAGAAACAAAACUAAUUACCUGUAAGAGAGAUUUGGCACUCGUCAAAAAGAAGAACGAUAGUUUAGAAGAAACCAUAAAUGGUCUGCAACAAACCCAGUCUUUAUCACGGAAGGAAUUUCAAUGCUCUGCGGUUAUUAUUGAUGAGUUCAAGGAUAUCACGAAAGAAAUUGCUCAAGUUAACAUUUUAAAGGAAAAUAAUGCCAUUUUACAAAAGAGCCUCAAGAAUGUAACCGAAAAAAAUAGGGAAAUUUAUAGACAAUUAACUGACAGGCAAGAAGAAAUAUCUCGAUUACAGGAUGAUCUCAUACAAACAAAAGAACAAGUUUCAAUCAAUUCUAACAAGAUUAUAGUCUAUGAAAGUGAAAUGGAACAAUGUAAACGGAGAUAUCAGGACUUAUCUCGACAGCAAAAAGACGUCCAAAAAAAAGAUAUCGAAAAGCUAAAUAAUGAGAUUAGUGAUUUAAAGGUCAAACUUCUGAGCGCGCAGAAUGCAAAUACUGACUUGGAGAAUAAAUUCAAUAGGCUAAAGAAGCAAGCGCAUGAAAAAUUGGACGCAUCUAAGAAACAACAAACCGCUUUAACUAACGAACUCAACGAAUUAAAAGCAAUGAGAGAUAAAUUGGAACAAGAUUUACAUAAUGAAAGCUUUAAAGUUAUUGACAUGGAUGCCAAACUCAAGACACAUGCACUCCAAUCGGAAGACGUCUCGAGAGAUAACGAAAAGGUUACCUCCCAAACAUUAAUGGAGGAGAUUGAAUCCCUCAAGAGGGAGUUACAAAUUUUCAAAAAUGCGAAUGGCUCUUCUGAUGCAUUCGAGAAAUUGAGAGUUAGCAUGGAGGAAGAAAAAAACAGAAUUAUUGACGAAAGAACAAAGGAAUUUGAAAAAAAACUGGAGGAGGCCUUGAAUAAAAGUGAAAGUACAGGAGCAGACAAUAGUGAAAACCUUGGGAAGUUGAAAAAGGAAUGGCUAAAGGAAUAUGAAGAUGAAACAGUAAGAAGGAUUAAGGAGGCAGAAGAGAACCUAAAGAAAAGAAUAAGGUUGCCAAGCGAAGAAAGAAUACAAAAAAUUAUCAGCAAGCGUAAAAAAGAAUUAGAAGAAGAGUUUCAAAAGAAAUUGAAGGAAAAUGCGGACAGCCUGACAUUUUCUGAUAGGAAAGACAACGGGGAAGAUGCUGAAGAGGAUUUAUGGAAUAGUCCAUUAAAGGGGAAUUCUGAAAGGCCUUCGGCUGUCACUGAUUUCAUAAAUCAAAAAAGUAUCAAAUUUCAAGAACAAUUGAAGAACGUGAAGAAUGGUAUCUCCUUUAACGAUAGCCGGCCAACGAGUACAAAUAAAGAAAAUAACGUGAUGGAUAGUAAGGCUGCUGGUAACAAGGCAACUUCAACUUUUCGUUUUGGUAAGCCAGUAUUCUCUCCUAAUACGUCAUCUCUCCAAAGCUUCCGGAAUCCAUUCACAGCAUCACCAACCAAUAUAAAUACUAGUGCCCCCCUACCUACAUUCAGUAUUCAACCUGAUUUCGCAGUCGGUGCGGUCAUCAAGUCUGCCGACGCAUCUGGUUCAACUAACAAUAGCACUAAUGAAGCAAAAAUAACGGAAAUUGGAAGUACAUCAAAACGACCAAUCGAGAACGAUACGUCUUUUGAUCCGGAUACCAAAAAGAUUAAAGAGAGUCCAGCUAAUGACCCAGCUUCCAAGGACUAA